AUGGAGAACCCCCGAGAUCCACGCUGGAAAGAGGGGAAAUUAGUCCAAGCCGACAUUUUCGACCAAAAUAAUGUUCGAGAGUAUCUGGAUGCGAUACUUGGCAUUAAUGGGGACGACAGCCAACCCGAUAUUCUAGACCAUCGCACCCAUCGACGCCAGUGGAAAAAGCUUAUUCUCGUGCUUAAAAAAGAAUCGAUAGAGGGACACCUGCAACGAACAGAAAAAUUGAACACCUUCCUUGGGAUUCUCACCAAGCAAAAUCAACCAACUGCCACGACACGUCGAGCUCCCCGUCGAAACACGCGACACUACAAAAGAAUACGCUCACAUGCGAUCGACCUUUACAACAUACUCGAGGCCCGAUUUCCUUCAUCUCCAACUUGCAAAUGUGCACUGGAACCACACCAUAUGAGCAUCAAGCUGGGGUUUCGAAGUGCACAGCUCACCGAGAAGGCAGUGUACUUUCAUGCCAUUUUCACAUCUGAGACGAGUACCUUCAACACUUCUUCAAACUGGCGAGAGAUUGAAACAGAGCCCUGGAAGAAAAUACAAGAGGACGUGCUCUGCCAAGAUACCGACCAUGUCAAAACCUCUCCGCCAGACGGGACUGAAAUCAUAGACCUGUGCGCAGCUAUAACAGGACCUGCAUCGAAAGGAUGGCUCGGACACAUUUCCAACCGGCAGGGACAACAACACCGUAUCCGGAUAUUAGAUGCUCGGCAAAGAUUACCCGCGUCUGACAAGAUUCAAACCGUGUCCCUGGCCGAAGUGCUCAGCGAUCCGCAGUUUUAUGAAGAACAACGGCUGCGCCUUGCAUUGAAAUUAGCAUCAUCGGUGAUGCAGCUUCAUACGACAGAAUGGCUGACUGAUUUCUGGAGUAAAUCCGAUGUGUCAUUCAUGCGGUCUAAGCAUGGAGUGAUUGAUUUCGACAAUCCUUUGAUUGGACGGACUUUUGGAGCGCGUGGGUACGACUUGAACUGUGUAUCUGAAACACUACCACGACCUACUCUACAUGCAUCGAUUCCUUGUCUCUUUUCCUUGGGAAUUGUACUGCUUGAAUUAAAAUAUCGGCGGUUAUUUGAAGAUCUGAAAAGCGAAGUAGAGAGAAGUAUGCCGCCGGAAUUUUCAGAUUCCAUGGCUGCACGACGACUCACGGACGAAAUGAUCGGCAGUACCAAUUAUCAAGAUGCCGUGGUGCGGUGUAUCCUGGGUCUAGACGCAGCUUAUAGAUCGCUAGCCGAAGAAAGAUUCCAGAAGGAGGUAGAGGAAAAGAUCAUUAGCCUAAUAGCCGAGGAUCUCAAGAUCUAUUGUGCUAAGACAUCUGUUGAGGCGUGCUUAGAAAUGGGAAAAGGGGGAAUGGGGGCAAUGGGAGGCGUGGUAGCACGGGCGUAA